AUGUUUGCUACCAAGCGCCUGAGCAAGGAGCUCGUGAAGAUGCAGGAUCAUGUCCCGCCGGGAAUCGCAAUCGUGAAAUGUGACAAUCUGGAAGAGUGGCAGAUGGAUAUCAAAGUCCUGGACGAGAACCCUCUCUAUCUGGACCAGGUCUAUCGUCUGAAAUUCACUUUCAGCAACAAGUACCCUAUCGAACCCCCAGAGGUCCAAUUCAUCAAAAGCGACGACGCGACCGGCGUACCCCGUUCGAUCCCUAUCCAUCCUCACAUCUAUAGCAACGGCAUCAUUUGUCUCGACCUCCUCGGUUCCUCCGGCUGGUCUCCCGUGCAGAACGUCGAGAGCAUUUGCAUGAGUCUCCAGAGCAUGUUGACCGCCAAUACCCGCAACGAACGACCUGCCGGCGACCAGGAGUUCGUCGCUACGAACCGCCGUCGCAUCCGCGACAUAAACUUUGUCUACGAAGACGACAAUGUAUAA